AUGUCUGGCGAACCAGCAAAAACCGACGAAUAUAUCAAACUAAAAGUGGUUGGCCAAGAUAAUAGUGAAGUUCAUUUCAAAGUAAAAAUGACAACAUCAAUGGGAAAAUUGAAAAAAAGCUAUGCUGAAAGACAAGGUGUUUCCGUACAAACAUUAAGAUUUUUAUUUGAUGGAAAACGAAUAAAUGAUGAUGAAACACCAAAAUUAUUAGACAUGGAAGACAAUGAUGUCAUUGAUGUUUACCAGGAACAAGUUGGCGGUUAUAUAUUUGCUCUUUUAAUAUAUGUUGUUGAUAUGGAUAAUCCAUUUACCAUUGCGGAAGAAGAUAAUAAUGUUAGGCGUACUGCUCAAUUAAACACGCCAAGUUCCAAAACUCGUACGCCAUUGUUAAGAAAACGAUCACAUCAGUCGUUGAAAAAUAGUUUUGAUCUCAAAAUUGAACAUGUAGCUAAAAAAUAUAAAGUAAACAGUGAUACAGCAAAACUUAUGCUAAAGGAUCUAUUAGUGGAGCCAGCAGUCAAAGAAUUUCUAAAAUCACAAAUUACAGAACAAGAACAAUCAACAUUAACACAGUCAAAAUUCAUCGAUUCAAAUUCAAAUAUCAAUAGCGAUGAUAUUCGGAACGGUACUACAACAAAUUAUGUAUGUGAUUUGGUUACUGACGAAAGUAUGACUCUUAGCAACACACUUUUUCCGAGUGAACAAUUAGUAGGUGGUAAUCGUACACGUGCAAAAACACCGUUGAAACAACAACAAUCAUUGUCCGAACAAUUGCCAACAAUUGAUGAAUAUGACCCAUUAUGGAUUGAAUUUGUCAAUUCGACAGUGUCGUUCAACAAAUUAUUUGAAGAAGAAGAUGACGAAGAAUUUACAUUGGCAGAAGAUGAUGAAAUUAAUGAUGAAGAUGAGCAACGACUUCGCGUUUCAAGGAGAGAAUUGGCUCUUUUAUUGAAAGAAAGUGUCACAUCACCAUUUGAGCAAAACAGCAGCAACACAAUAGAACAAUCCACCUCAAAUCCAUCGGUAUGCGAUAAAACUAUUGAACAAUUUUCAACAGCAGCAUUAUUAGAAAACAACAAAGAAUAUGAUUUAUUAUGGACGGAAUUUGUUGCAUCGUUAAACACUUCUGAUCGAUCAACCAUUGUCAAUGAUGCUAUACAACAGCAACAAUCAUCACCAUCGUUAUUUACCGAAGAUGAUGAUGAGGAAUUUACAUUAGCUGCUACUGCUACAGAGGACGAAGAAGAAAUUGAAGAAGAGAAUAAAAGAGAAAACGUUUCAAAACGAGAAUUGGCUUUAUUAUUAAAAGAAAGUGAUUUGGCAACAUCUGAAUUAGAAACUAAGUCAAUUGAUCAAAGGAUUGAUCAGCAUGUAAAAUUACCGUUAGAAAGUCCAUCUGAAGUGGAUUCACCAUCUUCAAGUAGUGCAAAUGAUCCCAUUAAAUUCGAAGUGACCAAAGAGCAACGUUCAGUUAUACAAUACCAGUUGACAGCUUAUGAUUUAGAUCAUUUUCGUGAUCUCAUGUCUCAACAACAGCAGCAAUGUCAAUCAAUAUUAAAUGUAAAAAAUAUGAAUUCAUCUAUUCAACUCGUUAGAGCAAUUAACAAUGAAAAUACUAUCACAAAACCUACUUUGAAUGAUUUACCAUAUCAUUUAAUGAAUACAUUUUUAACAAAAUCGACAUUUGUACAUUAUUCUUUAUUUCCAUCAUGUCUUUUGAUGGCACUUGGUAUUGAACAAUACCGUGAUUUACGUGGACUGAAGCAAGCCGAUGUUAUUGGAUCUAUAUAUUUAGUUGGACGUGAACAAAAAGAAAUAUUUGAUCGAAUUAAAAAUUUACGUAAUACAUCUUUAACACGGCGAAAAUUAAAUCCUAUUAAAAGUGCGAGUGAUUAUGGUAGUGUGCCAGAUGUAUGCUUAUUUCCAUGGCACCGGGUUCCAAAUGAUGAUGAUAGCACACAGUCGACUAAAAAUUCUACUUCACAAUUUCCAUUAUGGUUAAAGCCACAUCUGAAAACAAAAUCAAAAAAAUCCUAUCAUAAUAAUAAUAUUAAUAAUAAUAAGUCAACAUCUAAUGAUGGUGAACAAUCAACUGUUUAUGUUGUUAUUGGUGCACCACCUUCGUCCACAGAGCAAGCAUCAUCAUCGAACAUUUUACAACAAAUAAAAAUGUUACAUGUGUUAAAUUCAUAUCCAAAAUUACAACCGAAGUUUCCCUAA